AUGUGUGAGGACUGGAAACCCUUUGAGACGGAGCUGCGGGCCGUCAGCAAGGUUUUUGGUCACAAAUCAUAUGUGGAGCUUGUCAUCCAGUAUUGCGUUGGCCUCACCCCAGCAGAUGAAGCACAUCUGAGAUCCCUGCAAGUGCAGCUUCUGGAUUGGCGAUGGGAAUCGAUUGAGUAUAUUGCCAAGUUCUGGCAUCGUGCUAUUCCCAUUCUGCGAGGGAAGUGGUCCCAGGACUCCUUGGGCCACACGGAAAAGGAGCUAGCCAAAAGCAUCGAACAGUCCUUGCGUUCCGAGCACAGCGAGCUCAUGACUCUUUGGACUUGUUCGUUGAGCGGCACCCUUGGUGAGUGUGGUCGAUGGUUGGAGGGUUGCUUUUGCCACGAACAAUCCAUUGCCUUCCGAGGCAAGAGGAAGAGAGUGGCGGCACAGGGCCAGCUUUGCCCGUGGAAGGGCAGAAGGCUAUGCACCCUGGCUUGGCAGGGAGGUGAGGCCUUUGUGUCCAGGCUUGAGGGCGAGGUGUCUUCUGGCACUGCGGAGUUCCAACAGAGAAUGCUGACUUGUGCCCCAGAGCUGAGCAGCAAGAUGUUGGAGAUGAACAAUUGGAUUCUCGUGCAUUUGAAGUCUGUCCUCCAGUCAAAGUUUGCCUGGUGCACCCGCAUCCCUUUCAAGAUCGCAGGAGCUUUCAGCUUGUAUGUCGACAAAAGUCUUCUGGAGGUCACCGCUUUUGUGCGGUCCUGUUUUCAAGAUUUCCAAGAAUCACAUCAUGAGAUGGACUUGAUCAGCCGGGAUCUCUUUGGCAGGGAGACAGCAGAAAGCAAAGAGCUUUGGGAGUUUUCCAUGCAAGACGAGCACACCCCCAAUCUUCGAUCUUUGGAAAGCUUUCCUCAUGCCUUUGUUGCGGUCCAAGAACGAGCCUUCACCCCACUUGCUGAGCGACAUCUAGAAAGCCAGCACAAAGGCAUAAAAUGGGCCCUGCAAAGGGGUUUCAAGAAAGCAAUGCCAGCCACCACCUGUGCCAGACAACGGAGGCGGCAGAUUAUGAGCAUGCUGAAGUCUCCUGCCGAGAGGGAAUUUGUUGUCAUGAAUUGGAAAACUCGAACCAUGUGGUCAGACCUGCUUGGCCACGUGGUAGCCCCGAUCGACAUUGCCAAGAUGUCCUUGGCCCACAAAUUGGCACGUUGCUACUGCUACUCAAAGGAAGAUCAUUUCGCGGAGACACCGGAGGAUGAUUCAGCAGCAGCAGCUUUCUUGCUGGCGCUGCAGGGGCAAGCCAGGCCAGAGAGGACCUUGAAUGCUGAUAUGCGACAGUGGGUUUCUUUUCUGAAGCAACAGCUGGGCAACGGCGUCCUGUGCACCUUCCCAUGUGAUCUCUUUGAGCUGUUGGGAUCAGACACAGAGUAUGCUGAGGGCAUGGGUGCUGAGGAGCCUCCGUUUGAGUUGGACAACCAGACUUUGAAAGCUGGCCUGGGGGAAGCGUGUGAAUUGCCCGAUUUCACAUCUGAGAAGUUUGUUUUUUGCCAAGUUGUUGAUGCUCGGCCAGAGAACCGUGCCAAGGUGAAGCAGGGCACAGCAGAGAUCGGCAGCCGAGCCACAAUGCUGGUGCAGGAGUUUCCACAUGUGAAGUGGUUGGAAAAGCAGCCACCAAAUACUACGGUUGAGGUGAGCAAGCAAGAUUCCAGGACCAUUCUCUUAGACCUGGAAAGGGCAUGCUAUGAAGAUGCAUUUGUGCGAGUGAUGCGGGAAGUGUGUGUGUGGAGCUGCCAAAGUGCAAAGAGAGAACUGGAGCUUCGAGGGAUCGCCGCAGAGCAAGGAGAUGUACCUGAGGUAGCUGAUAUUGUCGAGCAUGAGGAUCCGAAUCUUCCCCCCUUGCUGGAUGAUGAUGCAACACUGGUCGCACUCUUGGACCAGGCCAAUGCUUGUGUUGCUAACGUGGUUGAACCUCGGCAAAUGUCUGUCCGUGCAGCAGGCAUGAAUUUGAGCCAGCUCGAGCAAGAUGCAGCAGUUGCUGUGGUGAGUGCCGGAGCUGUGGGCUCGGUGGCAGUCCCUGUCACAGCUGUCACCAGCGACAGGGUGAGCCUUGCCACUGUGUUGCGAUUGGCCGAAAGGCGUGUUGUCCAAGUCUUCGAAGAUGACUUUGGCGAAUGGCUGGUGCACAUUGCAGCACCUUUCCUCCUCCACAUGACCUUACACUGGAAGCAACCUGUGCCCUUGUCGCAUGCCCAAGUGCCUGCCCACAACAGGAGCCGUGUCCGUGGCUUGAACAAGAUAGAAUUUCUGCGGGGCCUUGUUCGUAUGGAAUGGACGUGGCCGGGACGAGGUUCUCAGCCAACACAGUUUGAGUGUGAUGGCCCAAAGACAAUACCCGCAAAUGUUCUGUCCCGACCCGAGGCACACCUAAAGUGUUUGUUCCUGGCCCCAAUGUUGUUUGGAAAGCCAGGUGGGCUGAAAGUUAUUUUCCACACAUGCUCUGAACAGUAUUACAAUUUUCUGUUGCAGACAGAGGAUAUGUCGUCCAUUUCAGGCCUCCGUCUUGAGGACAUUUCGGGUUUCUUGGCCAGCUUGAAGCCACCGAGGAAGAAGGCAAGCAGGAAGGCGAUCCGGAACCCGAAUGAUGAAGAAAGUGAGGGAGACUUGGAGCUUCCUGACAGGCCUCACAGUCUCAGAAAUUUGGAGGAGUUGCGUGAGCAUCUGGCUGCCCAGGAGGAACCGAUUGAACCGGCUUUGGGCAGACCAGACAUCAAAGCAUUGCCUCCUGUCACUUCCAGAGUACCUGAGCAUGACGGCCUGAAAAUUUACUUCGAUAACUAUACUCAUCAAUCUGGCAGGCUGCGGGCCUUCUGCCAAUGCCCGAAGCAUGGCAAGAAGUGUAGACUGUAUGUUUUCGUAGACAGUCUCGGAAUGGAUCGAAGCAUAGCCAAGCUGCUGGCUUGGGUGUCUAGGCCAGCUCGGAAUGCUGAGGAUCACUUGAGUUUUCGGCCAUCCGAAGCUGAGAUCGAUGUAUUGGUUCAGCGGCAAGCCAUGGGUGUCUAG